AUGGCGGACCAAUUUUCAAGCAACCCACGAUUCGUCUGGGAAGGACCUGAAUUCAAGGAACCAGUUGAACUUGUCGCCUUCGUCGUGGGCAAGGAUGGCGUUGAGGAGACAAUUCCCGUUCAUAAAGAACAUGCAUGCUACUAUUCCCCGGUACUGAAAGCUGCUUUCACUAGCUCCUUCGUCGAAGGCCAAACUCAGACCUAUCGAGUGGAAGAUACCGACCCAGAUAUCUUUCGACUCCUUAUACAAUGGUUCUACAAGCAAACCUUCAAGCAUUCUACAGCCAAUAGCGCAGAAAGCAUCAUCGAGGAGCAGUCUAUCGUUGAAGUUUCCGAAGCAGAGUUUCCCUCGGCAGAGAUUGAUUCGAUGUACCUGAACAUGGUCAAACUUUGGAUUCUGGCAGAGCGACUCAUCAUCCCCAGACUCCAAAAUUUCAUCAUGGAUUCACUUGUGGAAAUGUCGGAGGAAUCUUGGAGCACCCUAUGGAUGGCUACAGCUUAUGAAAGCACAAGCUCUGACAGCCCUCUCAGAAGAUUUGCAGUCGACGUCCUUCUCUAUCAGGUGCCAGCCUACGGGAAGAAGCAAUGUCAGAACCACUUUCCCCGCGAAUUACUCGUUGACCUGGCCUGUGGAGCGACACUAAGUAGCAAAAGCGGGUCGAGAUAUGUCCACACCAGGCUAACCCGGGACUAUAUGGUUCCGGAAGGCUCAUCCUAA